UUUCUCUUUCUACAUCCCCCUCUCUCUCCUAAGACCCCACUACACUGUAAAAUAAUGUUUCUACUGAGAAAGAAUCCAAGCGACAAGAGAAGAGAGACCUGACACAUCGCUUCCUACGCGAGAGAGAGAGAGAGAGAGAGAGAGGUUGAAGAAGAGCAAGAAGCCUGAAGAAGCUGUAACCGAUAUCUGCUUUUGGACGGAUAAGGAUUUGGUUUACACAGAGAGACUAAGAAGGAGAUUUGAAGGCAAAGUUAUUGUUGUCUGGCGAUCCUUAGAAGCAUUUCUGAUUCUGGGUUGCAAUUGAAAGGGAGAGAGUUUUGAAGAUUAAGCUAGAGCCGGUUGCUUUCUGGGGCAAAAGAGACAAGUUUCAAGUUUGGGAAACUUAAAGAAAUUUUGCAGAGACAUUUAAACAGUUUCUUGGUUGUCAUUUACUGCAGAAGUACGUUGAGCCAAGCAAAAUCAAUGAAAUUUUUUAGCUAGCUCUAUUUAUGGGGAUAUAAUCGGCAUUUACAGCUAAGAUUCCACCUUACUUGGCUACUUCCCUCCUCAAAUCUUGACCGUUGGAUGUAGAUCAAGAUCAAGUUACCAGAACCUCAUCUCACAAUUCUUGAUAGUUGAAAAGUUUCUUCUCCAAAAUACAGCUGAUACAACGGAAGUAUCGGUUUGAUCCUUACCUGAGAUCAUGGUGGAAGAUACUGGAAAGAAAGUUCUGAUUGAUAAUAACCAGUCGGCAGAUGAUUGGCUGUUGCAAACACAAGAGCUUGUCCCGGUUGCGUUGGAGAAGGCUAGGGAGGUUAAGGGUUUUCCAGGUAGGUGGAAGAUGAUCAUAUUGAAAUUGGAGCAGAUCCCUUCACGUUUGUCGGACUUGUCUAGCCAUCCUUGCUUUUCCAAAAAUGCACUUUGCAAGGAGCAAUUGCAGGCAGUGUCAAAGACGCUGAAUGAAGCAAUUGAAUUGGCAGAUUUAUGUGUGAAGGAGAAGUAUGAAGGGAAGCUUAGAAUGCAGAGUGAUCUUGAUGCUUUAUCUGGGAAAUUGGAUUUGAACUUGCGAGAUUGUGGGCUUUUGAUUAAGACUGGAGUGCUUGGUGAGGUUACUUUGCCUAAAUCUAUUCCUGGUUCCUCAAUCGAACCGGAGGUUACAAUGCAUAGCAAUCUCAGGGAAUUGCUUGCCCGUCUUCAGAUCGGGCAUUUGGAGGCGAAGCAUAGAGCCCUUGACAGUCUUGUUGAAUUCAUGAAAGAGGAUGAGAAGAAUGUUUUGGCUGUUUUGGGAAGGAGCAAUGUUGCUGCUUUAGUUCAGUUGUUAACGGCAACAUCCCCUCGUAUCCGGGAAAAGACUGUGACUGUAAUCUGCUCUCUUGCAGAGUCUGGAAGUUGUGAGCAUUGGCUUGUUUCCGAAGGUGUUUUACCUCCAUUAAUAAGGCUUGUUGAGUCUGGUAGCAUGGUGGGUAAAGAGAAAGCUACAAUUUCACUUCAGAGAUUAUCAAUGUCAUCUGAAACAGCCAGGGCAAUUGUCGGUCAUGGUGGUGUUCGGCCAUUGAUUGAGAUCUGCAGAACAGGUGACUCUGUUUCACAGGCUGCUGCUGCAAGUACUUUGAUGAACAUAUCUUCUGUCCCCGAGGUUCGACAAACUCUGGCUGAAGAGGGUAUUGUAAAGGUUAUGGUCAACCUACUUGACUGUGGAAUUUUGUUGGGAUCUAAAGAAUAUGCAGCAGAAUGCUUGCAGAAUCUUACUGCCACUAAUGAAAACUUACGGAGGUCUGUCAUUUCGGAAGGUGGGAUACGAAGCCUAUUGGCAUACCUCGAUGGUCCUUUACCCCAAGAAUCUGCAGUUGGGGCAUUGAGAAAUUUGGUCAGUUCAGCUUCUAUGGAAGAUUUAAUUUCUCUUGGAUUCCUUCCUAGGUUGGUUCAUGUUCUGAAAUCCGGAUCACUUGGUGCUCAACAAGCUGCUGCGUCAUCCAUCUGCCGGGUUUGCAGCUCAACUGAAAUGAAAAAACUUGUGGGUGAAGCCGGAUGCAUUCCUCUUCUCAUCAAACUGCUGGAGGCUAAACCAAACAGUGUAAGAGAAGUGGCCAGCCAAGCGCUUGUAAGUUUAUUGACACUUUCUCAGAAUUGCAGAGAAGUUAAAAGGAAUGACAAAACCGUACCAAAUCUUGUCCAGUUGCUUGACCCAAGUCCACAAAAUACUGCAAAGAAAUAUGCAGUUUCCUGCCUUGCGUAUAUCUCUUCCAGCAAGAAAUGUAAGAAACUGAUGAUUUCAUACGGAGCAAUCGGAUACCUCAAGAAGCUCACAGAAAUGGACAUCCCUGGUGCUAAAAAACUGCUCGAGCGACUGGAAAGAGGAAAAUUAAGAAGUUUGUUCAGCCGGAAAUAGAGUAGUAACUUAAGGCUUUUUGUAUAAUAAUUUCCCUUCGACUAAUCCCUCCAAAAACUCAUCCGGGCAUGAUAACUGUUUCAUUGUCUGUGUGAAACAUUAGUGUACUAGUAAGUAAGUGAUGGGAAAUCAAUGUUUAUUUAUAAGUUAAUUUUCUCUUA